UAGGCUAUGCAAGUGUGAAAUACAGAGUAACUGAGAUCUUCUUCAACCUAUCUUCAGUUUUCUGGCGGAAAAACUUUCAUACAAUCAGCAAGUUUGCUUGGGAAACGUGAAUAUUAGAUUGAAAUCUCGUUUCCCAUUCGUUUCCGGGAUGAAUUCAGUUUCAAACCCGUCUCCAUUUUUCUGAAACGGUUUCGGCGCGUUCCGAAACGCGUUUCCCGGUUUCCCCGUUCCAGGACGUUUCGGAAACGUGAGGAAUCUUGGUAUGGGAAUCAGCAAAACUGAGAUAAAUCUGAGAAGGUUAAUUGCCGCUGCACCUCAACAGAAAAAUCAGGCGAAAUUAAUUCAUUAUGUGGUUACUUUGCGCGAAUUGUUGGAACAGCUAACUGAAGAGACCACUCCGGAAGGCUUGCCCAGGGUCUCAAAAGCUAAAGUAAAUGACUACUCUGAGAAGAUUGAAACUAUUGCAUCCAAAUUAGUUCCACCUGUGGAAGUCUUUGAAGAGAUUUCCACUAAGGCAACCCAUCAAAUAGUUGAAGAGGUAAAAGUUGCGUCCCCACCAGGACUAAGAAAGAGACCAGUCCCAUCCUUGUUUGUUGAGGACAGAUCACGUGAUAAUGUGGGAACUGAUUCCUCACCACUUAUCAAAUUAGAUGCUGCUGCAAAUUCACAUAUAGAGAAGCACAGAAAGCUUCAAGAAGACUUGACAGAUGAGAUGGUGGGAAUGGCACGGCAACUAAAGGAAAGCAGUCUCUUAAUGAGUCAGUCAGUGAAAAAUGCUGGGAAGGUACUUGAUUCAACUGAAACAGCAGUUGAGCAUAGCUUGGCAAGCACUAGCCACGCUAAUGUAAGGGCAAUGCAUAUUUUUUCACAAAGCUCAAAGACUUCAUGUUUUACGUGGCUUCUUAUGUUUGUUAUGCUAAUGGUCUUCAUGAUGGUGGUUUUCCUUGUUCGUAUUACCUGAUUUUCUUACUUGGGCAGUUAAAACUUAUAACAAGGUGAUCAUAUAAUGUAAUUAGCAAGUUCAUGGGCUAUGGAUUGUUGUAAUGUAAUUAACUUACUACUUUUCUUCCUAAACUAAGGACAUGAGAAGGUAUUGACUUUCCUCCCUUGACUAUACUAAGAAAAUGUUGAAGUUUGUUUA